CGCAACACAGUGAAGAUGCUAAAAGUGAACGGCUUUGUCUCUCUUUUUUUAUUUUUUUAAGGGGACAGAAAGAAACGAAGCUACUCGCCUUCAACAUUUUCGCUAUAGUGCAAAAUGCAGAAUUGAUCUCGCGCGCGAGAGAGCGCGCGGGGGGCUGCUUUCUUGUCCAGCGCGCCAAUCCCGACGGCCAAUCGGGUGCCCGCGUUUCAAGGACUUCCAGUUGGUAGCGCGCGUUCCCUCCCGACACGAGAGAGAGAGAGCGAAUGGGGCGAGAAUCGAACGGGGACCUUUCUCCCCCUAUGGCUGCACUGGCGCCGUUCCCAUCUCCGCUAGUUUCGCGUACUUAAAUAGGUUAUCUGACGUAUGUCAAGCUUCUUGUCAGCGAAAUUUAUUAUUUAAUUCGCGCGAGCGGGAGCCGUCCCUCUCUCUCUCUCUCACGCGACGUUUCCAGGAAGCGACCUGUCCGCGAGCACGGAAUCGAUUGACGCGUCGGCCAAACAUGCGGUGGUAGUGAUGCGCCUAAAGGGGAAGAAUAACACAAAAUCGUUCUACAGCGUCUACAGGGUGCUUUCUCGUCUAUGCCGAUCUGUGGAUAAAGCACAUCUUGAUGGUUUCAUGGCGGAUGGUGUGGCGCCGACCCUGAAAAAUGGCCACAAUUCUAACAUGGACUUUGCUAAUCAACCGGUGAAGCAGUCGUCCGAUGUGCCCAGCGUCGUUUACGCGGUGGGCCACUACCCCCCGAAGCUUCUGCACAAUCUCAAUGCGCAGAGGCGGGAGAACAAGUUCAGCGACGUGGGGCUGGUGGCGGGCGACCGGGUCAUCAGGGCGCACAGAUCGGUCCUGGCCGCCGGUAGCGCCUACUUCAACGCCAUGUUCACCGUCGGCCUGGUCGAGGAGCAGCAGGAGCUCGUGGAGAUCCACUCCGUCUCCCCUCACAUUCUCUCCCAGCUGGUGGACUUUAUCUACAGCGGCAACAUAGACAUCACCCAGGACAAUGUGCAGGAGCUGUUUGCUGCCGCUGACAUGCUGGAGUUGGACGAUGUAGUGGCUGGCUGUAUCAAUUAUCUCAAACAGCAGCUGCACUAUUCGAAUGCCCUUGGAAUUUACAGAUUUGCAGAAGUACACAACAGACUGGAUCUUUUGGAGACUGCCCUACGCUUUAUAGAAGCCAAUUUUCCUCAAGUCUGUCAGGAGGAGGAAUUUCUGGAUUUGCCCAAGGAGCAUCUUGUUCAGUUUCUUAGUAGCGAUUACAUUCACAUCGAUACUGAAUGUCAGGUCUUCCAGGCCGCGUACAAUUGGGUCGUUCACGACAUCCCCGCGCGGAGAUGUUACGUAUUCGAGAUCCUCAGCCAUGUACGCUUGCGACUGUGUUCAUUAGCAAGGCUAGAGCGUAUUAUUCUAGAGUGCAAGGACGCGAGUCUCAUCGUCGCGCUGCGAUCUAUACAAAAGGAUCUAGUCUCGAACAAAGGCUGCCUGGUGCCCCUUCACGCCCAGCCCCGGAUCUGCGCCAGGAAGAACAUCUUGGUGAUCGGCGGGUCCAAGCGGGAACACUCCGCGGACAGCUGGGGCAGAACCGCCGAGAGUACUUACGAGACUAUCGAGAAAUACGACAUAUUCACUGGAGAAUGGAGCGAGGUCGCUCCAAUCAGCAUAGGACGCAUUCUACCUGGAGUGGCUCUGUUGGACGGCAAGGUAUACGUUAUCGGCGGUGAGCUGGAGUCCUGUAUAAUCGCCAAUUGCGAGUGCUACGAUCCUCGCGACAACGUGUGGACUCCUAUCGCUUGCAUGGAAGAACCCAGGUGCGAUUUCGGUCUUUGUGCCUUGGAUAACAGCUUGUACGCGUUCGGCGGAUGGGUGGGCGAGGAUAUCGGCGGCUCUAUCGAGAUAUACGAUCCGAUCACCAACACAUGGACUCUCGAGGGCUAUCUGCCCGAGCCACGGUUCAGUAUGGGAGUCGUGGCAUACGAAGGACUAAUUUACAUUGUGGGUGGCUGUACCCAUAACAGUCGACACCGUCAGGACGUCAUGAGCUACAAUCCCGUGACCAGAGAAUGGAAUUAUCUGGCGCCGAUGAUCACACCGCGCUCGCAAAUGGGAAUCACGAUUCUCGACGGGUAUAUGUACGUCGUUGGCGGUACCAGUAAAAAUCAGGAGGUCUUGACGUCGGUCGAGAGAUACUCUUUCGAGAAGAACAAAUGGAGCGUCGUCGCUCCCAUGAGCAUGGGCAGAUUUUAUCCGGCGGUCGCGGCGGCCGACAGUCGGCUGUACGUCAUAGGCGGCGACCAGUCGCAGGAAAUCAAUUUCUACCGCACACAGAUCACAAUCUCCACCGUAGAGUGUUAUGACCCGCACACAGACAAGUGGCACGAGUGCGCCUCUUUGCCGUCGAGUAGAGGCGAAGCAACGGCGAUUGUUACGCCCUUCUGAUUGAUAUUUCGCAGAGAUCUGUUUGUCGUUUGACGUAUUCGUUCACGCCUUUUUUACUUUCUCAACUUGUUUUCCUUUUCUUUGCUCUGCCUUGUCCAACCAAGAGCGUGUCCGUAAGAUAGAUAGUCGGUCACUGCUAAAGAAAUUGUAGCUUUAUUAAUUUCUAAAUAUUCUACCGGCAUUUUUAAGAUACUUGUAGGGUGACGCUACAUUGGAAAAAUUGUAUUCUUGAGGAGAUUAUUAUUUCUCAUAGAUAUACGGCGUAAUCACUAACUGAUAGGAAUCACCAGGUUGAAGAGCCGUGGGGGGGGGGGGGAGAUCGAAGGAAUACAAGAUGUGACGAACACGAGUUUUGACGUAUCUAAGAUUGUAAACGGCCAAGAUCUAGGAGACUCGAUAUAUAAGGAUCCAAUGUGACAGUUGGAUAAAUAGCUUCAAUUUGAGUUUUGUAAAUUAAAUUCUUUAAAUUCAAUCUUGAAUUCGAGUUACAUAGAACUUACAAUACGAGUCGAGCCAAGUUUAAAAUAUAUCAUUUAAUCCAAGUCCCGCAGAUCUUAAAAUUCAGCGAAAAUUAUAGAGACUCUAUGAAAAAAUAUGUGUUAAUUCCUUUUCAUUCGUUGCACGUCGCGAAUGACAUACAAAUGAAUUAGAUAAGAUGACUGUUAUUGGGAACUGUAGAUCGGAUGUAUAUUUGUUUUCUAUUAUUUAUUUAUAACUAAAUUAUAACGCGCAAACAGAUUUGAAAAACCAAACCGUAUAAUGAUGACGUACAGCGUGCAGAAAUACUUGAAUACUUUUUAUUAAUUAACGGCAAGUAUUAAGUAUAUUUUAUUAAUUAACGAGUAUUAACUAUGUACGCUAGGAAGGACUGAGCCUCUUUAUAUAAUAUAGUCACAUACCAAAGUUAUUGUAAUUUUUAAUCGUAUCGCUACAAGUUAACAGAUCUGUUAAGCAUAAUAUGUAAACGUAAUAAGGGAUUGUAUAAGAUGAAUCCAAAGAUAUUUAUCCUUGGAGUACAUGUAAGGGUCUAAUGAUAUGAGGAUCUUCGAAAAGUUACAGAAUCAAAGGGACUCCACGAAAAUCACAAAGUUAGAAUACGCGCAAAUAUCAGGUUUAAAAUUCGGAAAAAUAAAAAUGUAAAAUUAACAGAUAUCCAACAGAUCUCGUAUGAGAGGAUGAACCUUGUUGCUUAAAAAUUUUCAAGCUGAAAGUCCAAAAGAAUUAAUUGGCACCUAGAAAAUACUGCAGACACCGUAACUUAAGUCUAAACAUAUUCAAAGAACAUAAGAGCACGCCUCGAAACUCUGUUAUUCGAAAGUUUUUGGAACCUUUAACAGUUUUGGAACUUUGCAUCCAAAAAUCCAGAGAUUUCAGAGUACCUUAUUGUAACAAAGUAACGAUGUUUCUUAAUUAGCGUGUGUGCGAAGCCGCGCGCGCCAAUGUUUUGUAAAGUUUAAGGCCACAUUUUAUAAAACAAAUCAAUCUAAGAAUCGAAGAGUCGCCGCCGUUCUCUGUAAUUAGUCGUCGAUGUAACAAUCCAAUUCGCCUUUAUUCAAAGGCGCUCGGUGCUACAUACGUGAACAUACGCGGAACGAUAUUCGAUUGUUCUCCAAUUUUUCGGUACGGGGUAAAUAUGGGUGAGAUGACCUUGUUGAAUAAUCGUACUAAUCCUCUAUCGUAAUUAAGUUCUCGAGAUUGUCGAAUCUUAACUUUCUCUCUUCGUUGUAAGAUAAAAAGGAAUUAAGAUACUUGCUUAAUCGUUUUGCACAUUUUUUAUGCGCAAGUUUAUAAAUCCAUAGGUUGCUAAAUCUAUUGGCCUAAUAUGUAUUAUAUAAAUAAGUACGAAAAAAUGAUCACGUGUGGACGCAAUGUGCGUGCGGAUUUUAUAUUUAUGAAUCUAGCAAUUGCGAAUAGAUUUAUCUGUAAGUACAGGCAUUUUAAAGGAUAUAGAUUUCAGAUCUAUAUAACGACAUUUGUAAUCCUACUUGAUUCUAGAUUUUUACCAAGUGAUAUCGACCUGUUUCAAUAGACAUACGGUAAUGAAGCAAAA